CGACAGUUGUAAACAUUGUGUCUUUUGCUUAUUUUAACGAAGAUUUUAUAAUUUUUAUAUCAAAAUCCAUAGAUUGUAUUUCUUUUACAUAUUACUGGUAAAAUGUGCAACGAAGUUGACAAUAGUUGAUUUCAACUUUGUAAGAUUUUAAUAUACUUGUAAUAUAACGCUUUGGGACUAUUUUUUAUCAACGGGUGUUUUAACAAAAUUUUUAAAAAUAGAGUGCAUAAAUUCUGUUGUGGUGCCUGAUGCACUGCUCAUCGCGCUCAAUCGAUACCUGAAUGUGCAGCGAGAUCGCAACGCUACAACUUGCGACUCGGAUCAGGAUCUAUGUGACUGUGAAAGUAGAAUGCGCGCAAAUCCAGCGAAUGCUGCAGCAUCAGCAGCUGUCAAGACGCCACAACAAUUAAUUAAUCCUACACAAGGAAGCUCAAAUGAUACGAGGUCACCACAAGUAUGGAACACAAUGCAACUGCAUCAGAGACAUCGCGAUCCAAUAUUGAACACUCGCGAUAAUCCGCAUAAUCGACGAUCUUCGAGUGCGCCUUCAGGCGGCUCUCGUGAUUGUCAAAGAGGUGCCGAUAAAUUUUGCCAUACGGUUCAGCCAACCAACCACAAUUACUUGGGUUUGCAGCCUAAUGAAAAACCUUGCUGUGGCAAGGCUGCAACCAACAACAACAGCAGCAACAACGAGUCUCAGCGUCUGGAGACUUCAUACCAAAUGAAUAAAAGCAGUGGCAUCGGCAUGAACUAUGGCGAUUGGCAGCGGCAACAACAAAUGCAACAACUGCAAGCACAACAACAACAACAGCAGCGGCAACACCAAGAACAGUUUCAACAGCAGCAACAACAAAGACAACAGCAAAUGCGAUCUAUGCGACGAGAUGAAUUUGAUGAUUUUGAACCUGCGCUCAAUAGCACAAUGAUGGAGCCGCAUUAUCAAGGUAAUGCGGGUCGUCGCUUGCAACGCUCAAUGUAUUGUCAACCACAGCAGCAACAACAACAUCUGCAACAACUGCCUCAACAACAAUUGCAGCAACAACAACUGCAGCAACAACAACUGCAGCAACAACAACUGCAACAACAGCCAUCGCCAUAUCGCACACAAGCUCAACAGCAAGCUUAUCGAGCUUGCUGCAUGCCACAGCAGCCAACAUCAGUCCCCAGUCAAGCAACACAACAGAGAAUGCAAUAUCCGGAUAUGCCGUGUCAAAUACAGCAUGAUUUGAGCGAUACGUACAACGAGACGAGCUACAUGCAGUUGCCCCAAGGGGCACAGCAAAUGCAACAGCAACAAUCAACAACUCAACAGGUAACAUUUCGGGAGCCUUCACAAGCUUCAAGUGGUUAUCGUACUGGCACAAUUUAUCAAUCUAAUCUGAGCAUGAAUCAAAGUUCACUUGAGCAGAGUCCAAAUUUGACUAGCAAAAAAUCGCCAAGUUGCCAGGACAACGCAGCUGAAGCAAAAUCCAGUAGAUCUUUGACACCUUUGAGCCAAAUGAAACAUGAAGACCUGAUUGUACAUCGCGCGGAAACACUUUUCUUUGAGUCUUUGGUCUUGGACAGCAAUUGUCCAGGCGUCAUUCAAAGUUCACUAAGUGGCAAGGAUAACUUCAAUGAUCAUGCCUUCCAUAUAGCCUUUGGCGAUCAGGUACCCAACGAACCCAAACCCGUUGAUCCCAUAACCAUGCUGGAAGCGAUCAAGUUACGCAUAGAUCACGAACGUGCGGAGAUACACAAAAAAUGUCGAGUGGAGCGUGUGGAAAGUGAGCUUGACAUAAGGCAACGCAAGCACAAAGACCAUCAACAUGAGGAGCAUUCAAAGAGAUCUGCUCGCAGUGACUCCGAAUCGUAUUACUAUAAAGGUAAGAAUGCCAAGAAGAAAAGUCGUGGACAGCAGGAGAUAACACCUCAAGAGCUGCUCAGCGAGGACAUUGAUCGACACUUUCGAUGCAAACACAAGUCCGAUGUGAAUGAUGGCAUUUAUGCAUUUCUAAAAGCGGAAAAUGAUUACAGCUCUUCCGUAGGGCAUGCUUCAAAGAACUUUUCAGCGAAUGUAAACUCACAUGAAUCGCAUUUCUUGGGUUUGCCCAUCAAGAUGCGAAUUUACAAUGCUACAACUUGGCCCGUUGACUGAAAUCUAAUCAUUAAAUCUUGACAAUUUUUGACGACUGACACUUAAAUAAAUGUAUUGUGAACUUAACACAAAGCAUCGCACUUUUCCAGCAAUCAAUCAAUCUUUCUAUUCAUGGCUGCAAUUAAGUUCAUGUGUCAUUAAACCGAGAAACUUGCAUCAUCUUUUUUACA